AUGGCCUCAUUGAAUCUUCGUCCCGAUCAGUUUUCGCUGCUCGGUCAUCGCAUCCACUACGCUUGGGCGAUCGUCGCUAUCACCGCAGUGAUGCGGCUGGUGUCGUCUUCGUUCCGGAUGUCGUUCCCGGCAAUUGUUCCCAUCAUUUCCGAGGUGUUCGGCUGGAGCGAAGGAGUCAUCCUGCUGGCAUUCUCCCUGCAAUGGGUAGUGUCAGGGGCGUUCGGUCCGCCAUCAGGAUGGCUGGGCGACCGCUACGGCGCCCGGUUCACCAUGACGCUGGGAGCAUCCCUGUAUAUCGCCGGCAUGGUCUUGACCGGCUUCAUGACGGAGAUCUGGCAACUCUACCUUUUCUUCGGCGUCCUCCUGAGCGCGUCAAUGGGCAUAUUCCAGGUCCCGUUGACCGUGGCGGUGACGUCGUGGUUCCGUCGGCAUCUGGGCCUGGGCAUGGGGAUUCUGCAAGGUUCGCAGGGCUUCGGCCCGGUGAUAGCGCCGCCCGUCAUGCUCGGCUUGGUGGCGUUCUUCACCUUCGGCCCCGGCAAAGAGUGGACCGGCCUGUUCCCCUGGCUGGAACCCGACACCAUUGGUUUGCGGAUGGCGUUCUGGAUCCCCGGCAUCGUGGGCGGCGUGAUCCUGCUGCUGCUGACCCGCAUCUUUUACAACUCACCCGAAGACGCCGGACUGCGCCAACUUGGCGCCGACGCAUCUGAAGCGCCCCGACGCGCGCCCACCACCGGUGUGGGGGCCAAGGAACGCGCCCGCGUGUUCCUGCAGCAAGUACGCAAGACCCCGGCUUUCUGGAACCUCGUCGGCAUCCACUACUGGGGGUGCGCGGGACACAGCAUCGUCAUCGUUUUCCUUCCCAUCAUGGUGGUGGAGGCCCUGCGACCCGUAGGCGGAUACCAGGGUAUCCAGGACCCGGCGUUGCUGAGCGCCACGGCCAUCGGCGCCGGCGCGGCGGCCACCAUGAGCCUGGUCAGCACAUUCACGCGCUUUGGGGUGCCCAUCGCCGCUGACCUGUUCGGCAGCAAGUGGGUGAUGGCCAUCUGCUUCGCCUUGCAAUUCGCGCCGGUGGGGAUCCUGUUCUUCGCCGACUCCCCGUGGAUGUUCUACCUGUUCGCUAUUUUGUUCGGCAUCGGGUUCGGCGGUGAGAUGUCCGCCUUCCCGAUCAUCAACCGGCAAUACUACGGCAGCGCACCCAUCGGCAGCGCCUACGGGUUCCAGAUGAUGGGCGCCGGCGCCGGCAUGGCAUCGGGCGCCGGUUUGGGGAGCCUGCUGCUCAUCGGUGUGCGGGAACUGGGGUUCCCAACCUUCCUCGACAACCCCUACUGCUGGACAAUCCUACUUUCAUUCGUCAUGAGCCUGGGCGGGGUGGUCGCCAUCCUGUUCCUGCCCAACACCCACAAACACCAAGUGCCCGACUGGGAGGAGCAACUUGCUCCCGAGUUUCGGACCGGCGCAGCCCCGGCCUCUCCGGCGCCGGCUGCUGACGGUGGAUCGCCCGCGCCAGCGACAUCCGGCAACGACAACUGA